AUGUCAAUCUUAAUAAAUAUCAGUACCCUAUCAGAAGAGAUUGAUGAUAAAGUAAUUUAUAUGGAAGACUUGGAAAAAAGAAAAAAAGUACAUGGUAUAUGUGGAGUAUGUAAUGAACCUGGCACAGGAAAUAUUGAUGAAUUAAUACAACAUUCACAACUCAAUGCUCUACAUAAUAUAAAAUGUCUUGAAUGGAUACCUUUUAUACAUUUUGGGAAAUUUCAAAAUGUUACAAAUGUUACUUAUAUUUACAGAGGAGGCUUCGGUAAAAUUUAUUCAGCUGAAUGGCCUGAAGGAUUUAUUAGUUAUUGGAAUAAUGAAAAUCAAAAAUGCCUGAAAAAUGAAAAUGAUAUUAACAACAAAAUUAAUAAAUUGUUAAAAAUUGCAAGCGAUCUGUUAGAUAUCCAUAAUGCUGAAAAAAUUUUACGUGGAUAUCAAUAUGUAAAAGCAGCUGAUAUUUAUUCAUUUGAAAUAAUUAUGAAUGAGUUUCGUUCUGAAGAAAUUCCUUUUAAUAAUAUUCCCCAUGAUUAUACUUUAGCUGUUGAAAUAUGUAAAGGAUUUAGACCGAAAAUUUCUAAAGAUAUUCCAAAAAUUUCUUGUGGAUUUAAUUAUGAAAUAUCAAAUGGAAAUAAGUCUGAAGGUAUUAAAACUUAUACUCAAGCAAUUUAUGCCAGUAGACUUUUAAAUUUCAAAAAUCUUCCGGAACCAAUAAAUUCUUCAGAUUUUUCAUCAUUUCAAUUUAAUUCAGGUAAAUGUUUGAUUUCAAAUUUUAUUUUAUCUCUAUAUUGUUUAAUUUAUAAUUUCAAGAAUGUCUUUGAUGUUCAAAUUAGCGAAUUAGAUCUUAUUGAAAUUAAUCAAGAAGGAAAUGAUUUAAAUGACGAGUCUUGA